UUUGUCCGCAGCCGCUUCCUUUCUGGCCACGCAGGGUCCCCCGAUCCGCCUGUGUCCUCGGACCCGGAUAGCGCGCACCCCUGAGCGCGCGGGCCGUCGAGGAGCCGCGGGGGACGGUGCGUUCCUCCCUCGGGGAUUGGGGUCUCCUGUGGCCCCCACGCCUCCGGGGCAGGGGCCGGGCUGCUGGGCUGUGAACACCGGCGCGGGGCGCUCGGGGCGCCAGGGAGGGCCGGGGCUGGGGAGGAGCCUGCAACCAAGGAAUGUGCCCUUGACCGGAAUCGAACCCCGGACCCGCUGGUCUGCAGGCCGACGCUCUAUCCACUGAGCCAUACCGGCUAGGGCCCCAGCCUUGCCCGGGACACGCCGGCGCUGCCGCCAUGGGCCGCCGCCUGCUCCUCCUGGUCCUGCUGCUCCCGCUGCCGCCGUGCGUCCCCGGCCUGCCCUUCUACAACGGCUUCUACUACUCCAGCAGUGCCCACGGCUGGGACCCGGGCCUCGGCGGAGGCCUCUUCAAUGGCGUGAAGCUGGUGGUGGAGACGGCUGAGGACCCCCUGUUUUCCCACCGGGGGGCCAACGCGACCCUGCCCUGCCGGUACCACUACGCGCCGGCCCUGGCCUCCCAGAGGCCCGUGCGCAUCAAGUGGUGGAAGCUGUCGGAGAACGGGGCCCCGGAGCGGGACGUGCUGGUGGCCAUCGGGCCGCGGCACCGCGCCUUCGGGGCCUACCGGGGCCGCGUGCACCUGCGGCAGGCGGGGGCGCGGGACGUGUCGCUGGAGAUCCGGGACCUGCGGCUGGAGGACUCCGGGCGCUACCGCUGUGAGGUCAUCGACGGGCUGGAGGACGAGAGCGGCGUGGUGGAGCUGGAGCUGCGGGGUGUGGUGUUUCCCUACCAGCCCCCCCAGGGGCGCUACCAGCUCAACUUCCAGGAGGCCCAGCAGGCCUGCGAGGCCCAGGAGGCGGCCGUGGCCUCCUUCGAGCAGCUGUUCCGGGCCUGGGAGGAGGGCCUGCACUGGUGCAACGCGGGCUGGCUGCAGGACGCCUCGGUGCAGUACCCCAUCACGCUGGCCCGGGGGCCCUGCGGCGGCCUGGGCCUGGCGCCCGGCGUGCGCAGCUACGGGCCCCGCCACCGCCGCUUGCACCGCUAUGACGUGUUCUGCUUCGCCCCUGCCCUCAGGGGGCACGUGUACUACCUGGAGCACCCCGAGAAGCUGACCCUCUCAGAGGCCAAGGCGGCCUGCCGGGAAGACGGCGCCCAGAUCGCCACGGUGGGCCAGCUCUUUGCCGCCUGGAAGUUCCGCGGCCUGGACCGCUGCGACGCCGGCUGGCUGGCCGAUGGCAGUGCCCGCUACCCCGUGGCUCACCCACGUCCCGCCUGCGGGCCCCUGGAGCCCGGGGUCCGAAGCUUCGGCUUCCCAGACCCUCAGAGCCGCAACUAUGGUGUCUACUGUUACCGUCCCCCUCGCUAGAGCCGGCCCCAGCUCUGUGCCUGCCUGCACACCCCGCCCCCUCACAGCCGUCUUUACUAAGUGGAUCAUGUUCCCUAUUGUUUUUAUACUUCUCAACUUAAAUUAAAAAAAAAUUUUUUUUUAUUCCAGAGAGGAAGGGAGAGGGAGAGAGAGA